GGAAAACAGUAUUUUAAAGGUAUUAGUUCCGCGUGGGCUGUGGCCAUGGGAAGUGAAUGGUUUUACACUGAGGGCCCUGCGCGGCCUUUCUCUGCUGGCACCGGCGCUGCUCCCUUCUCCCCGGCCAUGGCGUUCACGUUCGCGGCCUUCUGCUAUAUGCUGGCGCUGCUGCUCACCGCCGCGCUCAUCUUCGCCAUUUGGCACAUUAUAGCAUUUGAUGAGCUGAAGACUGAUUACAAGAAUCCUAUAGACCGGUGUAACACCCUGAAUCCUCUUGUCCUUCCAGAGUAUUUCAUCCAUGCUUUCUUCUGUGUCAUGAUUCUUUGUGCAGCAGAGUGGCUUACACUGGGUCUCAAUAUGCCCCUCUUGGCAUGUCAUAUUUGGAGGUGUAUGAGUAGACCAGUGAUGAGUGAACCAGGACUCUAUGAUCCUACAACCAUCAUGAGUGCAGAUAUUCUAGCAUAUUGUCAGAAAGAAGGAUGGUGCAAAUUAGCUUUUUAUCUUCUAGCAUUUUUUUACUACCUAUAUGGCAUGAUCUAUGUUUUGGUGAGCUCUUAGAACAAUGCUUAGAAGAAUUGGUCCAGUUAAGUGCAUGCAAAAAGCCACCAAUGAAGGGAUUCUAUCCAGUAAGAUCCUGUUCCCAAGAGUAGCCUAUGGAAUCUGAUCAGUUACUUUAAAAAUGACUCCUUAUUUUUUAAAUGUUUCCACAUUUUUUGCUUGUGGAAAGACAGUUUUCAUAUGUUAUAGUCAGAUAAAGAAUUUAAAUGGAAUUAUGUAUAAAUUAAUAUAAAAUGAUACCUCUGGUGUUGACAGAUUUGAACUUGCACUCCUU